CUCAUCAUGCCUUAAUGUGAGGUUGAAUUGCCUUACAUCUGUACCAGAGCUGCUGUGAGAUCAGAGCUUUGCGGUAGUCGAGUUGAUGGAUUAUGAAACGAGAGCCAUUCGUCCGCCGUGUUUUUGUGUGUGUGUUCUACCACAGAGGUUACGGCGGUGAUGAGCAUGUCGGCAGCUGUGUCAGAGUUACAGACGACAGAAAGAAUGGGAAGAAAGAAAAUACAGAUUUCUCGUAUUCUGGACCAGAGGAAUAGACAGGUGACCUUCACCAAGCGUAAGUUCGGUCUGAUGAAGAAGGCGUACGAGCUGAGCGUGCUGUGCGACUGUGAGAUCGCCCUCAUCAUCUUCAACAGCACCAACCGCCUGUUCCAGUACGCCAGCACCGACAUGGACAAGGUGCUGCUCAAGUACACGGAGUACAGCGAGCCGCACGAGAGCCGCACCAACACAGACAUUCUGGAGACUCUGCGCAGGAAGGGCCUCGGCCUCGACAACGCAGAGAUCGACCCUGAGGGGAGCGCGCAGGUGGCUGCCGACAAAUAUCCUCUCAGCGAGGGCAUGGAUCUCUCUGUGGCCCGCCAGCGCUUCUACGCUCCUUCACUGCUCUCACCCGAGGCCCAGUUCCUGGUGUCCGCAGGCUGUGAGAACGGCUUCCCCAACUGCUCUGCAGCCAGCGUGGCGUCCCAGAGACCCCCCGGAUAUAAACCUGUAGGCUCCAGGCCCGGCUCGGCCAGCCCUGCUGCAUCACACGCACACACCGCGUUCAUGUCUCCACACUCCGGUAUCGGCUACUCGGUGUUGUCCCACGGCAACCUGAAUCGAGCUCUGGACAUGAAGACUCCUCCGUCUCUGAACCUGGGCGGCGAGAACCUGCGGGGGGACGCUGCUAAUCAGGCCAUGGGCGCCACACGUGUUAACCACAACUCUGCUAGGGGUCUCCUGUACCAGGGUCUGCACACUGGGAGCUCCAUGAUGGCAAUGGGCAAGUUGGGCCACAGCUUGGGAGGCUACAGCCUUCCUUCCCCUGGAACGCCCCCUGAGUACAGCCAACCUGGUUUUUAUCACUCUGUUAGUCUACAGCGAGGAGCAGUGAACCCCUGGCAAACCGUUCAGCUGCCUCAGGAGCACCAUAUAAGUCCAGGGAUGUCCAGCGGGGGGUGCUCCUUCCCUUCUCAGUGUUGCUCCUCAGCCUCCCCUCAUCUGCCCUCCCUGACCCUGAGCAUCAAAUCUGAGCGCAGCUCUCCUGAGCACAGGUCCUCGCCCACCUCCCCUCCUCUGCACCACCUCAGACAGCAUUCUCCAAUCAGCGACCUGGGCUCAGCCUGCCAAAGCCCUCCAGAAACCGGGGCGGCCAAUGGGACGAAGGAGUAUCCCAAAGCCGGCUUCCCACAGGAUGAGAAGGAAGGAGGGCAGCCGCUCAGGCAUUUAGAGAUGAGUGACGGCUGGCAGAGAUAGCUGACUGCUGCAGUCUACUGUAAGCACCACAUGUCCCAUUCACACAGCUUUCCUCCAAUCACAUGCACACAUGCACACAUGCACACACACACGUACACACACACAGACACACACACAGACACACACAAGAGGUCGAGGGGGGUUGAUUCGUCCCCAUCAUCCCAGAGAGGAACACCUUUCUUUGUCUCGUCACACAGAGCUGGACUCUCCUGGGCAAAUUAUUUCUCUGCAUCACUCGAUUAAUCCCGUGAGGAGACAGAUACAAACAGACAUUUUGCUAUUUGUUUGGUAUGUAUCUACGUUUUCUGUGAGGAGAUAAUGUGAAUCGAAGGAAAAUACAGUCGGAAACGUGUUUGUCUUGUUCUGUGACUUUAUUGAAGUUAGUCACAGCAGCACAGUGGGACCAACUGAAUUUCUCCAAAACGUGUGGACGUAUAUUUUUUGGCUUUCAAAGCGGCCUCCGGUGUUUGAGGUUUGGCGUGUUAAUUGGUAAAUAGCUGUAAAAUUACGCUCUACACUUUCUUAGUAUAAAUGUUACAAUGAAAAGCAGAUGGGAACUGGAGCAGACUCUAUAAACCAGCCAGAAGAAGCAAUCUCUCUACAGUACAAUCUGUUUGAGCCUUGAGCCCCAAACCAGCAACAUGGCCUCCCCACAUUACACAUUAAAAAUCAAUGGAGCCAUAAGAACAUCUUAAAGGAGAGUAGCAUAUUAUUUUUCAGGUUAAAGUCACUGUAAUUGGUCCCGGCCGUGAAAAGAUUCCUUAAGAAGACAUUCCUAAUUUAGGAAAUGACGAAAUCUGUUCACUCAGCACAAUGAUUCAUUCUCAAAUUCAGCUAGUAUGAGACUCUCAUGGCCACUCAAACCAAAUUAGGUAUUUUUUAAUUUAAAAUGUCCCUAUAGGCAGUGUUAGUUACAGGGGAGGUUCAGUUUAUUUGAUAUCUCACACACAAAAGUUCUUUACAAUCAAAUACAAUGAGAGUUUUGCACAAAGGAUACUGUCAAGAUUUAAUACAUUUUAUACAAAGCUAAAUCUCACUCACUAAAUUUACGAGAUCUAGAUUUGUAUUUGCAGCUGAACUAAAUUGCACAUUUUCCUCAUCAAGAUCCAUUAAUGUUUUCUGAGAAAUCAAUGAAAAUGUGGUAAACGUCCUGUCUCAUAAUGUUAAAGAAAGUGAAAAAGAAAAUUAGCUGGAUCCGCCCCCCCCCUGACCCAGAUCAAACUUAAUGGGUUCAGUUCGGUCCAGUAGCAUUUGCCUAAUGCUGCUAAGUAACACAAACAAUAACAACAUGAAAACGUAACCUCCUUGUAGCGGAGGUAAUGAGGACUGAUGAGUUUCUGUGGCGUCACAAUAAGAACAUUUAAAGUGACCUGUAUCAAAGUACACAUCGACGUGUUUAAAAAAAAAAAAAGAAGGUGAACUGACCCUUUAAAAAUCUGGGCAUCAGUGGAUCUCAGGAAUUUGAUUGUGUCCUUAAACCAAAGUUUAAGAUAUCGUUUCUUUCCAUGUUUGUGUUUAAGACUAUACUGGUGGAUGAGCUAAAUUACAGUUUAUAUUAUUCUUACAAAUAAUUAUAGUUUCAUCCUUUAAAUCGAAUAAUAUAAUAUAUAAUUCAUUACUAAGACUUAUGACAAUCUGCUUUAAAUAAAGACCAAAGUGUUUGAACACAGUCCCCAUGCAUCACAAUCAAAUACCACAACACCCAAAGAUGUAUGUAUUUAUCUAUAGCAGGUCUAUUAAAUAAUAUAAGAAUACAAUCAAUUCCUCUUUCUGAAGGGCUUAGCUUGUGUAUUGAUAUUUAGAAAUAUAUCAUAAGCUCUGUAAUGAAUGAGUCAAAUUAUUCAGAGGAUAUUUCUUUUCUUUUUUUUUACAUAUAACUUUACUUUGCACUGUGUUUCUGUGCACUUGAUAUCGGAGUGUUUUUUUUUCUUUUGGCAUAUUCAACUUUUGUCCUGAAAAUGGUAGAUAUGCAGUACUUGUAGUGUUGGGAUUGGAAUUACGCUUAUUGUCCACAAGGGGUCAUCUUCUGAGUUACAGGGCAGCCUUAACUAUUGGUGAUAAAUGAUCUAAGAAUAUCUGUGAUCGAUUAGUAGUGGUUCACUCUGCAGACUCUGUGAAGCGGCUGGUGGACGACUUCAAGCUCAAGUGCUGCUGUGGAGUUCGCUUUUCUUUCCUUUUUCAAAAUACAGUUAUGUGGUUUUAUUAUCAGCAAGAAAAAACCCAAUUUUAUAAGUAUUCUGAUGUUUUGGACUUUGUUUUCAUAUUCGCUGAACGCUUCACUAGCAGAACAGAGACAGUUUUUUUUAUUUGACAUUUGUGGUGAUUUCGUUUAAAUAAAAAAUGGUUUGAUUUGUA